AUGUCCACGCCGUCAUCUUCUGCGCGUCUUCCCCCGACCUCACCGCAGGUCACUGCCUCAGUGGUGAAGUUUCGCUGUCUGUACACUCACGACCUACGCCGCAAAUCCAAACGAUGGCACGAUGGCUACCUACGAUAUCAUAAGUUCAACAAACGUGUCAUGGUCUACGAUGACCAGGGUAAUUUUAUAGGUGACCACCACUGGAGAUCCUCUGAUGAAGUCCAAGAUGGCGAUGAAAUGGAGCUGGACAAGGGAGUACUGAUUGAGGUAACUGAGAACAUGGGCACAACUGAGACGGACAUCACGACCCUUUACGAAAAAAAGAAAUCUAGCCAGGCCUCCGCCUCAGCUUCCACACCUCUUCGUUCCUCCGCUUCCUCCGCUUCCUCCCAGUCAUUUCGCUCUCUUAACGAUUUGCUGGGCAUUAAAAGAACUCCAAUUGGGCAUUUGGUGUCUCCAUAUGAGUCAAGGAAUCCUCCACAACCAGCGGCCUCUAGCAUUCAGGAACCUGAGCGCCCACCGAAGCGACAGAAGACAUCUUCGGUGGUGAGUCGAAACGCCGAGAAAGGCUCGCGGGCUCAGAGUGAAGUCAUUGAUUUGACGGGUUCAACCAAAUCAAACCAAGGACUCCCUGCGAAGCCAAGGUCAAACCAAGUAGCAAAAGAACUACCCAGAGCCGGGGGUGAUUCUACGGCCGAUGUACUCUCGGGAGACUGUGAGCAGAGGGUGAUAGUUCCGCCAAAGCAAACCUGGCCACAAAGACCCAGCCCUCCUUCAGUUGCAAGUGUCUCGGUUCCAACUAGAUCUGAACCGACCUCCAGUCUACUACCACCAGAGGAGGUAGUCCACACAGCUACUAAGGGUGUCCAACCACCAAGACCCCUCGGCCCCUCGUCGAAGGGUCUUCUUCCCACUUUACCCGCAGAAACAGAGAUAGCCGGCCUUCAAGGAAACCUGGGCGUAGAGCAACCGUCAAUCGGCCGCCAAAAUCAGUCCAGAGCUGUAUCACGUCCGAUCCCACCACAUAGGUCUGACCCACCGACGGUUUCAAGAAGCUCUCUCCCAAUUACAGCCAAACAGUCGUCUACUGCACAAUCUACACCACAGCCUCCAGUGCGUGUAUUGAACAAUUAUGAGAAGCCUAUUGAAUCUGCGAACAACCAAACUUCCACCAACGUUCCACCUCCAGCCAACGUUUUAUCUCCAACCCAUGUUCGACCCCCAGUCAAUGUGCCACCCCCAGUCAAUGCUCCACCCCCAGUCAAUGCUCCACCCCCAGUCAAUAUCUCAUCUUCAAGGAAGAUGCCACCUCCAUCACGUCCAUCCUCCGCAGUGAACCCUGGAGCACCUACGACAGCUCUACGCAUGGGAACCGGAAAGCCACGCAGGAAACUGAUGUACAGUGCUCUAUUGCCCGGCACUUCACGAACUCCAUCGCCGGCGACCUCAGAUACACCGCCUGCUAUUACAACUCGUGAACCCGCCACAAAUAUCCUGGAGCAACAACUGGCCGCCGGUCCAAGUGAUUCCUCAAACUCAAACGAAGAGUUUUUGCCCUCAACAUCUACACAAUUUAUCUUCGACGAGAUGAUAGAUGAAUCAGGGUUCAAAUCAUCCUCCACGAUCAAAAGGCUAACUGGGAAAAGAUCUCUUGAUUCACCCUUGCGCAAAUCGAUAUCCGACCCAACUACAUUGACUGCCCACCAGAAUCGGACAGGAGGAUCAUUCCACGCGGCCAGCAAGGAAAAUGAGCCCAGAGAGCAAGGCCCAUGGACAUCUGAGGCAUUAGAUUUGUUUGACUUCUGGCCUGCUGGACGAGCAAAACCAAAUGUCUGA